UUACCCACAAUGCAGUAGUAUUUCCCGACAUACAUUGCGAGUUCAAAAUGGCCGCGCCCAUGUCAGCAGACGCCCUGUCCAGCGCUGUGGCUGAGGGAAAUACUCCUGCUGUGCAAUACCUCCUGAGUCAGAGAGUCCAGGUAAAUGUGCAAUCAUCUGAUGGGUUCUACCCCUUGUGUCUCGCUGCAUUUUGGGGUUACAGCGACAUCGUGGAGCUGCUACUGAAAAAUGGGGCAGGGAUAAACGUGUGUAACAGUGGCACUAAGUGGACUGCCCUGCACUGUGCAGCCUUUCAAGGGCAUGGCAAGGUCAUUCUGAAGUUGAUGCAGCACAAACCUGAUCUGCAGAUGAAGGAUGCCAAAGGGAGAACAGCUGCCGACUUUGCCUCUGCCCUUGAUGCCAUCUGGCCUUUUUUUGCAGCUGCAGGAUGUAAAAGAACAGCCAAGUCUGAGCUGAUCAGGAUGGAGAUAGUACAGAAGGUGAAGGACAUUGACCCGACCAUGCCCCAGUCUGACCUCGCCCACUUCUCACGACCCGGGUCAGCCUAUGUCAUGAGGUCACAACCCCUCAGAGGUCAAAGGGCAACGGAUGUGCAAAUGGCAGCAGCAGCUAGUGGAGAUGUGCUGAUGUCAUCAGGAGAACACAGGACAGCCUCCAGAACACAGCCUGCCUUCAACAUGUGGAGAACCUGAGAGGGAAACCUGGGUUGUAGCCAGCGUCUGUCUUUCCCUCAUUGACAGAAUUUUGCCAAAUCCGUCAUCUCAUUAAAAAUCAGCAUGUAAGACCACACCAAUGUAAUUUGUUGUUUCUCAGAUUUUUUCAGAAAAAAUAUGAAGAGACAUGGCGAAAUAAAAAAAACAGG